AUGAUUCUGCUUAGAGUAUUACGUUUGUUUAUAUUCUGUUUGGUUUUAUCAACACUUUGUUCCAUUACCAAAUGUGGAAGUUCAGAUGUAACUCUGAAAUUCUUGAAAGCACCUCAUGCAUUUUCUCACUUGAAUUCAGCAACAUUUGCUUUUGAAGUUCUUAAUUCUGGUAGUAACCGUACUUGCUCAAAUUGCAGCCUCAGUUGUAAGCUUGAUGAUUGGGUCGCGUCAGUUUGCACGAACGGGAGAGUUACAUACUCAAGCUUGCAAGAUGGAAAUCAUGGUUUUGAAGUCUGCACCAAUGGAAAUCAUAGUUUUGUGGGCUGUGCUAGCUACAACUGGACUGUUGACACAAUUCCACCAACAGCAUAUGUUACAGCCUCAACAACUUUCACAAGUUCUUCAAAUGUUUCGGUAAAUAUAUCUUUCACCGAACCGUGUAUAGGUGAAGGUUUUGGAUGCAAGUCUGUGAAUGCCUGCAAUCUUCUUGUCUAUGGUGCUGGCCAGGUUGUACCAUCUUCCUUUAGAGUUCUGAAGCCAAACCUCAUGUAUUCUCUUCUUGUUAGUUUAUCUCCUACCGUUCAAUACGGCCGAGCAAUCCUGGUAAUGGAUAGGAGUUUCUGUACUGACAUAGCUGGUAACAGCUUUACAAGAAUGGCAAAUUCGAGUGUUCAUCUACAUAUUGACAGAAGAAAGGUUUAUGUCAACAUCAGGACUCGUGUACCUGAAAAGCUACUUCGAAUUAACAGUGAAACUAGAACAAUUCAGGCAACUAAUGACCUUAACAAGCUAAAGGUGUAUUUGUACUUCUCGUCUCCAAUUGUAAAUUCAUCUAUGGAAGUUAUGAGUUCUCUCAACAUUAGUCGUGGUUCACUCGUUCCAACUAGUGCAGAAAAUCUUGGAAAUCGUAGAUUCGGAUUCAUGAUUGCUAAUAUCUCCUCCACUGCUAUAGUCUCGGUUGAAUUCAAUUUGAAAUCUAUAAUAACCAGACAAGGGACUCAUGUUUCUCCAACUGCGCCGGUUAAUUUUCUCUAUGAUUCUAAGAGGCCUGCGGUGAUGUUAAGUACACAUAGAAUGAGGACAAAAGAUCACAAUAUACAAAUAUUAAUCGAAUUUUCAAAGCCUGUUUUUGGAUUCAAUAACUCCCGCGUAUCAAUUUCAGGAGGUUUAUUAAAAAGCUUUCACAAACUUAGAUGGAGCACAUACAUUCUUGAGCUACAAGCGGAUGAUGAUUUGGUAUUCGUCAGUGUUCCCGAGAACGUAACUCGUGAUGUUUCCGGAAACAAAAAUCUAGCUUCCAAUGUUCUACAAGUGAGGCACUACUCAGUACCUCUUAUUUCUUCUGUGAUUUCUGCAUUUACAACUGCUACUUUUGCGCUGACAUCGAUUGUUGCUGGCCUGCUUACUAUCUCAACUACAAGUCUUCAAUCAAGUGAUAUAACUUUAGCAAGAUUAUCGCGUGCAGGUCACCCCCCAAAGCUUGAAAGAUUCUCUCAUUACGUAGCUAGGCAAAUGGGGUUCAAGGAUAGGAGAAUCGGUCCUGAUAUAUGUAGAUUGGCUUCUGAAUACAUAAGCAAAUAUGAAGGGUUUGAAGAUGAUAUAUAUUCCUAUUUUGAGAAUGAACCAGAUGCUGAUUCACUUUAUGUCAAACCUUUCUGGGCAGGAGCAUCAGGAAAUGCCGUAGUCAUUGAAGCAGAUGCCUUCAAAGAAUCAGAUGUCACUGUUUCAGAGGCUGUGGAAGCUGCAAAAGACCUCUUUGCACGAAAUUCAAUCAAUUUCUAUAAGAUUAUCAGUUAA